AUGGUUCGCCGUUCCGCGCGCAUAGCCAGCCUGCAAAAGAGCCCCGAGGAAUCGUCGCCGGUUCCCCCCAUUCAGGAGCAGGAAGAGCCUUUGCUCGAGCUGCCGCCGCCUGUUAAGCGCAGACGCGGCAGAGCGAAGCGAACUGAGCCCCAACCUGCUGAAGAAACCAAGCCCGCCGAGCCUGAGCCUGUUGAGACCAAGCCAAUCGAGGAGCCAGAAAUUCCCGAGAAAAAACAACAGAAUGAUGUCGAGCCGCCUGCACCGUGUGCGCCGUCCCCAGUCCGGGUUCCAAAGACACCUGGCGGCUCGUCUCCCAUGAAGCCGCCCAUGUCGGAAAUGCAUCCAAGCAAGGUUCACCCGACUAUGGGCCCUCCUUCGUCUGCUCUGCGUCUUGGGUUCACCGACAUCAAGCCGGCGGCAAACCGCGGCGAUGGUCUUCCGGCCGUUGCACAAACGACCCCAUCCAAGGUUACCGUGCCCUCGUCAGCCUUCACUUUCCGCAUGACGCGCAACACUCCCACUGCCGCAGCCAAGCCAACUACUGCCUCUGUCGAUAUUAGUCUGAGCGAUGAGGCUCUGAAGAUGAUGGGCGAUAUCCGCGAGCAAGCCGCUAAGCUCAAGGAGGAUCUGCGUGCGCAGCAGGAGGCCGAGAAGACCGAGGAAGAACUGACAGCUGACCGCAAGAUUGCUCGUGCCAAGGGCAAGGCGGGCCGCUUCAGUGCCGCUCACAUGGCCGAGUUCAAGAAGAUGGACUCUAUUGAAAACCAUCCCUCCGUUCUCCGAUAUCAUCCAGACCGUCUUGCUCACAUCGGCCCGCUCAAGCCGGGUGUCAAGCGGACCCAAGACAAAGCCAAUCUUGACGAAUCGGAGUCGACUCGUCCCAAGCAGGCUACGCCCGGGCUCAGGUCAGCCAAGAAGGAAGCUCCUGCUGCUACUGCUGAGCCACCGAAUAGUGUGAAGCGCCCCCGUCAGCACAAGGACGAAGAUGUGACGAGUAAACGUCCUUCGUCACGCGACGGCAGCUCCAUCCCAGCUCCCAAGUCCGUGUCGGGUAUUCCUCGGUCCAAGCCGACUCUGUCCUCUUCUCUCCUGACUCCGACGAAGGCUUCUCUCGCUCGGACGUCUACUGUAACCUCCAAAACCCCUGCCCAGAGCUCUCUGAUCAAGUCCCCAUCGAAGCCGACCGUCAGCCUCUCUAAGCCAGCCCUCAGUGGUAUCCCGAGAUCUGCUACGACGAGCAACCUUCACUCUCCUAGCAGGAUUUUCCCUCCAAGUGCUAAGCCUGCUCCAGCCAAGGCUGCCGAGAGCAACGAGAAGAAGACUACUCUGGUUCCUGAAGCUAAGGCCACACAGGCUACGGAGACCAAGGCUACCACUGAGGUUAAGCCUGCUCCAGAGGCCAAGCCUACCACUACUACGGAGGAUGUCAAGAGCCCGUCGAAGUCCCGCUUCGAGAAGAUGGGUCUGGACAAGAUGAAGGCCUUGCUUCGGGAUGCCAAAAUGAAGAGCGCUCUCCCCGUGCCUGCCUCGCUCACGUCCAAGACUCCAGCCCCGGAUCGCCCAGAGAAGAGUGCUCUACCCGUGCCUUCCACCACACCUGGCCGCAAGCUUGCCAAGCAGGUGUCCUUUACUCCUGAGACACAGCGCGCUGCCAUGACGCAGAACUCACCGUCUCCCAUCAAGUCCUCCAACAUUCCUCAGCUGCCCAAGCCCAGAGAGCUGCUGGGAGAAGUUUACUACCCUUCUCUCGAUGCUUUGCUCGCCGAGCAGGAAGCUGCUGGCCCGCGCCCGCUCCCCGAGCCUCCUGCCAAGGAGUCGCCCAGCAAACCCACUUCUUCUACUGCCGAACCCGUCAUCAGCGAGUUCACCUUCCGCAGCGAAAAGACCAUCAGUCUCGGCUCGUCCCCCGGCCAAGCCACCAUCCGCCCUGUCCGGCCCUCAAUCCUCCCCACGGAGAAGCUCCCUGUCGUCGAAGCCGUCGUCUCAACCAGCACCAGCCCGAACAAGGAGAAUGUGGCCCCUUCGACCAUUCAGAAGCAGCGUAGCGUCUUCCUUGCCCUGCCGCAUGGCAUGUCUAACAAGAAGCGGCACCGUCCGACCUCGGAUGAGGAGGAUGCGGAGAAGGAAGCUGCUGAGCGCGCUGCCAAGAAGCAGAAGAUGGAACUUGUGCCGGAGGGCGAUGCCCUACUUGCGCCGAGGCUUACUGCCAGCGUGAUGAAGAAGGGUCCUGCUGGAACAGUGACGACGGGCGGGUCGCCUAGCAAGGUUGUGCCUGCUGGUAGCCCGAAGAAGGUCGAACUACCUGGUCAUACGCCGGCUACGCCUAGCCCGAUUAAGAAGAAGACUAGUAUCUCGCUGAGUCGGCUGAGUGCGUUGGCUAGGCCUAAAAUGAGGAAGUAA